AUGCUAGAUAAGCCAACAGUGCUGUUUGUUGCAGCACCUAACCAGGAAUCUCACAUACUACGUUCGUCUCAGUUUAACGAUAGAUUCCACACAUUGACCCACGUCAUAGAAUCUAAGGAUUCUUUUUUGCAGUUCUUGGCAAACCAUCAAGCGCAUGAUAUAAGGGCCAUCUACGGUGGAUAUCCAGCAUUUAUACCCAUUGGUGGUCUUCAACAGGACUUAAUCGAACACGAGCUGUUCCCCAAGAACUUAAAAUGUAUUGCAAUUUGUUCAAGGGGUCAUAAUGGAUUCGAUCUUGAUUGUCUCUCGAAGCACGGGAUACAACUUUACAAAUAUCAGGAUGAUAACAUUAUCUAUGGGAACGAACUAAAAGACUUCCAAAGGAGCCAGGUUGGUAACGAUGUAGCAGAUAGUGCAUUGUGGCACAUCCUCGAAGGAUUUAGGAAAUUUUCAUAUCAGCAAUCCCUAACAAGGAAGAAUGAUACCACGCUUGCCGCUAGAAGUGAAGCGUUGGGUAAACCAGGGUUUGCAUUCGGUCAUGAAUUACAAGGUCUGAAAGUUGAGUCCCCCCGUGGUAAAAAAUGCCUAAUCCUUGGAUUGGGUAGUAUUGGUAAGCGCAUUGGAUUCAAAUUACAAUACGGGCUUGAAAUGGAAAUUCACUAUUCCAAACGUAUGCAAGAUCCAGAGGUAUCAACCAAACACGGUUGGAUUUUCCACAAAUUAGAUGAUACCUUAUAUGAACACUUGUGGCAAUUCAAUGCUAUUGUGAUCGCACUACCACUGACCGACGAAACUAAACACUUGAUCGAUAAUCACUUUUUAUCACAUUGUAAUGGUCCUGAACUUGUAAUUGUCAAUAUAGGCCGUGGCAGCAUUUUACACAGAGACCAAGUCCACGAAGCUCUCCAAAAGGGUAAACUACGCCAUCUGGGAGAAGACGUUUUUUACAACGAACCUAUAGUGGAUCAAGAACUGAGAGAUGAUAUCAAGUAUACAACGGUAACUCCACACAUCGGUAGCAGUACAGUGCAAGUGUUUUACCAGAGCUGUGAACUAGCACUGGCCAAUAUCCUAGAGGCUACUAGUGGCGGGAAAACGGAUCCCCUAUCAAGAGUUGUCUGA